AUGCCGGCAUCCGUAUCUGAACGCGACUUACGGUACGCUCUUGAGGAUGAAAGAGCUCGAUUCACUGAUAUACGCUUUGUGAGAGAUAAGUCGAGGUGCUUUGCAUUCGUUGAUUUUUCUCCUGAGGAUGCUUAUAAUUUUAUUCGCAACUGUCGGGUUGGUGUACUUGUAAUUCCCUCAUUGUCUCUUAAGAAUGAAAUAAAGGUACGUGGCUUCAAGGUCCUUUUCGACUAUGCCGAUCCAAAAGACGAGGCUGAUAGGUUUGACCGUCAUCACGUCUCCGACUCCCGCUUCUCUGGAAACGUUGAGGAGCCCACCUCAACGAUUAUGAUCCGCGGAAUGCCUGUCGGGAUCGAUGAACGUGAUAUUAUCGAUGAACUAGCCCGGGACAGUGUUCGCUACACCGAUGUUCGCGUAAUUCGUGAUAAAUUAACAGGUGUGUCGAGGGGCUUCGGUUUUAUCGAAUUCGCUUCCACACAGGAAGCCAGCCAGUGGAUGGAUGCGCAAAAAGGCGUGCUUAAUAUUCGGCGCAAUGCUCUGCGACUGAACUUCAGCUCUCCGCGUCAUCAGAAUGAACCUAUUAGGAGUGAAACAAGUAAUCGGGAAAUUCGUCCUGGCAACCCCCAAAUUACCGUCCAGGAAUCUGUCAGUUUGGGUGAUUGGAUUUGCUCCAGGUGUACGAGCCACAACUUCAAACGACGUGACUUCUGUUUCCGCUGUCAACUACCGCGUUCUCAAUUACAAUCAAACUCAAGUGCCUACAAUUCAGAUGGAUCAGAUCUUAUUGGAACAACGCCUUGCAACACUUUGGUCUUGCGUUGUUUGGAUGCUUUGACUACAGAGGCAAGUAUCCAAGCUGCUUUCAGUGAACACGACAACGUGCAAAUUAAGCGGUGUCACGUCAUGCGUGACAACACCACCAACGUGUCGCGUUGUUUUGCCAUCGCUGAACUGCCCUCGGUGGCUGAUGCCUAUAAGGUUGUGGAUACCAUUGUAAAGGAACACAAAAUUUUUGAAAUUGAAGGCAAAGCGAUUGCUGUUAAUUACGCAAAAAAUAAUUUCAAUACAAUUAUGGCAACGUUGAAAGCUGAAGGAGCCCUGAAUGACCAAGCAAUUGCAGGUUACGCACAGCCGCAAUCAGUCACUAAUGCAACAGGAUAUAGUCCUUAUAUACCAAGUCAGUUCUCAGUGCCUCCACCUCCUUUACCUUCCUCUGGAGCCGCGGUGGCACACGCGGCAAUACAAAUGAAGCAAACAGAGGCACGCCUAGCCUCAAUCGUAGCGCAGUCGGUACACCACCCCCAGGGACUUCUUGGGUACCCUCCCCAACGGGGCAGCACUAGUUCUCGACCCCAGACCUACCCCAACACCUUAGCCAACUUCCCUGCUCCGACGAUGCCGUUUAAUUCCGCUACAGCUCCUACGACCCAAUACCGUGAGUCCGGUUUUGUCACUAUUUUUGAUAACCCUGGUGAAGCUUUUCCUGACACCGCAAAAUUUCUCUAUGACGAAACAAUCUGCUUCUAUUAUGAUCCUUUGACGGGUCUGCUCUACGAACCAAAUACUCGCUACUUCUUUGAUCGCAACACCCAACAAUAUUUUCAUUACGAUGCAUCGAGAAGUCUCUACAUCCCUGCUUCUCAGGUUGCUGGUCAACAACGACAGGAUGAGGCAACUAAAGCUACUGAAGAACCCACCAAAAAAAAGGAAAAAAAGGAGAAAGAAAAGGCUGCUCAAAAGAUUGCUAAGGAGAUGGAAAAAUGGGCCAAGCGCAUGAAUUCACAAAAGGAAGCACUUGCUAUGGCCCCAAAGUUAGAGCAAACCAAUGUUGAAAGCAGCAAAACGGCUGAUAUGGGUUACGCGAUACUCCAGGCUGCGAACGCAGCCAGUUCAAACGGUGCUUCGACAACGGCAGGUCUGGUGGCUCAAUAUGGUGGCGAGGAUAGCGAAGACGACGAAACUGGUCAGUCAGAUGAAAAGGAGCUCGAAACUCAGGUGGCUGCAGAAGAAUCAAAGCUAAUGGAUUGGACUAAAAUGGCUUGCCUUCUGUGCUCUCGAGGUUUCAAAGACGUAAAAACAAUGCAGAAACACCGUAGUUUCUCCACUCUUCAUCUUCAGAAUCUUAAUAAACUUCGUUCAAAGUAUGGUUUGAAGGAAUUGUCAGCAGUUUCUGCACAACACCAACAACAGCCCCAACACUCGGAAUCUCAGACCCACGCCGAGGCAAUCGAGUCGCUUAUGCAGUUGGGCGCGGCUGCGGCUAGUAAUCACGCCAAGAAUGUUGCUGCUAAUAAACAGCACACUACUUCCGGUACGAAUUCACCGCCGCAUUAUGGUGUUGGCGGUCGGUACCGAGACAGGGCUAGGGAACGAAGGGAAAAAUUCGGUACCGUACCUCCACAGAGAAUUGAGCGACAAACAGAAAAUUUAGAGGAGUCGACCCCUCCUUUGAUUCCUCCGGCCAUGGACACAUCACCCAAUCCCACCUGUGUACCCCCCAUGGCUAGCAAUGGUGCUUCCGGUAGCAACGUGGGCAGUCGUUUGAUGCAAAAGAUGGGUUGGCAGGCAGGUCAAGGUCUGGGAAAAUCGAACCAAGGCCGGACACAACUUGUCGAGGCCGAAUUUCGAGAAGUUGGCGUUGGCCUUGGCAUUAAAAGCUCCAAGCGGCUACCUCCGGCCGACAAUUAUAAAGACAAUGUGAAGCGCGCAAUGUAUGCUCGAUAUCACGAACUAGAGUGA